ACACGUUCUUGUCCAUCACGACUUACCGCUAUCAUGGCCACCCGUCGUAAUCGAUGCACGAGCAGCGGGACGGUCCGAAAGUCGUCAAGUCGCGUCAAGGCGAGCCGAUCCCAGGCCCAAGGGAGGACUUUGCGACUGUUUGGCACCGACCUGAUGCGACAUGCGAUAAUACGACGUCGUUCUCCUCGCGAGCUCAAAGCGACGAACGAGAGCCUGAAGAGCCUGCAGACACAGCUGGAACUGGCGUACGCGUCGACCGCGUCAUCGGGAGCAGCCGUGGCGGGCGGAUGUGCUGGUCUCGGGCUAGGUAGCGUAUCAGGUGCAGGCGGUACUGUCCUCGGAGGUAGCGUGGCGGUUCCAGGCGGCGUGCCCGGUAGCACCACCCUGACGGCCAUCUUGGAGACAAAAGACGCGCGCAUACAAACCCUGGAGAAGGAGGUGGCGUUGCUCGAGGCCGAGUUACAGCGUAUUAAGGAAUGCGGCGGUAGAUUAAGGGAGCAACUGCUGAAAGCGACCGCCAUGCCUAGUAGUAGCGGAGGCGGUAGUGUACAGCAACAAACGAUCACGCAACAGCAGCAACAGCAGCAACAGCAGCAACAGAGUAAAGUUGCCACGGGAGGUAUCGAAUCACAUGUGCGGCAGGGAUUGGUGACGGCCAUGGGUGGUCCGCAGCAGCCCGGCACGUUGGCCCUGGCCAGGGGACCGUCCGUGAUGACCUCGCUGGUACCGUAUGGUCACUCGUCGUCCUCGGCAUUAACCAGUUCAUUGCUUGCCGGUUCGACAGGUGGGACCACGAGCGGCGGAGGCGGUGGGGGCGGUUCCUCGUGCCUUGGCGGCAUUUCGUCGGGCGCUGCCACCGGCGUGGUCAAUCCCUAUACCGAUCGUUACGCCGAUCAUCAUCUCCAUCAGCUUCAUCAUCAUCCUCAUUAUCAUCAACAUCAUCUCCAUCAACAUCAGCAGCAUCAACAGCAGCUGCAGUUGCAGCAUCAGCAGCAAAUGCAGCAACACUUGAAACAAAUUAAGCCUGCGGCGCAGGGCGCACUGGCGCUGCACGCGCACACCUUCAACAAGCACGACAUGAACUUCAAACGGCAACUGGACGAGCUCCGGACGGAGGUGCAACGUAGGGAUCAGGAGCUACUCGCCAUGUCCGCGAAGAUGAAAACCCUCGAAGAGCAGCAUCAGGAUUACCAGCGGCACAUCACUGUGCUCAAAGAGUCUCUCUGCGCCAAGGAAGAACACUACAAUAUGCUGCAGGCUGACGUGGAGGAAAUGCGGCAACGGCUCGAGGAGAAGAACCGGAUGAUCGAGAAGAAAACGGAGGCAGCGUUGCAGGCGCAACAGGAGCGGAAUCGCAUGAACACCGAGCUGACAGAGCUAAAGGAUCACAUGGACAUCAAAGACCGGAAGAUCAACGUGCUUCGGCGUAAGAUCGAGAAUCUGGAGGAUCUGCUGAAGGAGAAGGACAACCAGGUCGACAUGGCCAGGGCGCGUCUAACGGCAAUGCAGGCGCACCACUGCAGCAGCGAAGGUGCGCUCAGUAGCCUCGAGGAGGCGAUAGGAGAUAAAGAGAAGCAAAUGGCACAAUUACGGGAACAGAGGGACCGGGCGGAGCAGGAGAAACAGGAAGAAAGGGAAUUACACGAGAGGGAGAUCGUCGAGUACAAAAUGAAGAUCCACGCCCUCGAGUCUGAAGUUGAAAAAUUGGGCGCCCGUUUGGAGAGAGCGCAAGCGGAGAAAGACCGACUGGAGGCGAAGCUGGAAAGUUCGCAGUCGGAGCUCGGCAAGAGCAAAGCCGAAUUGGACAAGGCUGCGUCCGAAGUUGGUCGCAGCGGUGCCGACUGGGAGGCUGCCAAGCAGAGGAUGACCAGGCUCGAGCUGGACAACGAGAGACUCAGGCACGAUCUCGAAAGGUCUCAGAGCACUUACGGCAGAAGCACGCUGAAUUCUUCUCAGGAAAUGGACAGGAUCACGGAAAAAGCGGAAAAGACAGCGGCGGAACUGAGGAGGGCACAAGCUGAGCUCAGGGUCACGCAGGCUGACAACGAAAGAGCUAAGGCCGAGGCCGCUGCUCUCCAAGAGAAGGUGGAAAAGAGUCAGGGUGAGGUGUACAGAUUGAAGGCCAGGCUGGAAAACGCUCAGGGUGAACAAGAGAGUCUUCGAGAUGAAUACGAUCGUGCGCAAGCUUCGGUGGCUCGUCUACAUUCGGAACGGGACAAGGCAAUCGCGGAACUUGAGAAAACACAAGAGGAAUUGGAACGGACACAGGCUACUCUCGGCAAAGCACAACUUCAGCAAGACAAAUUGCAAAGUCUACUGGACAAAACGCAAAGCGAAGUGGACAAGCUUCAGGAGAAAUUGGACAAAACGCAGACGGAAAUUCGCAGGAUGCAAAUGGAAAGGGAGAAGCAAAACUACGAUUUCGAAAACUUGCAAAGCCAACUGGACAAAGCGCUCGGCCAAUCGACGAGGAUGCAGAAAGAACGGGAAACGAUUCAAUUGGAUGUGGACCGGUUGCAGGAUAAAUACGAGAAAGCUCAGGUGAUCAUACAACGACUGCAGAAGGAGAGGGACGGUUUUCAGGAAGAGACAGAGAAAUUGCACGAGAGGAUGGAGUUCCAGCAGAAUCAGGUAACGAAGAUGCAACGGGACAAGGAGAAUCUACUGUCGGAGCUCGAGCUAGUGAAAGAAAGAUGGGAGAAAGCUCACAAUAGUCAUCAGAAGCUAACCCUGGAACGAGACGACGCCAUGACCGAGAUCGAGAUUCUGAAGGAGAAAGUGGAGAAAGCGCAGUACUCGAUGAACAAGGCUCAGGAGGAACGGGAGAACGCGAACAAAGAGUUCGAGAAGAUGCUGGAAAAGUACGACAGAGCCCAGAGCGAGGUGUAUCGGCUGCAAAAUCGUAUCGAGGUGAUGGAAGCUGACAAGGACAGGCUAGAGCUCGAGACGGAGAAGCAACAGAUGUUGGCGUCGAAGAGUCGCGACGAAGCGAGAAAGGCCCAGGAGGAGCUGGCUCGCGUGCAAGAGAUGUACGAUCGGGCGGCUCUUCAGCUGGGUCGCACGAAAGAGCACGAGGAGAAAUCGAAGGAAGAUCUGGACAGGUUAACGGUGGACCUGGAGAUGGUUCAGGAGCGAUACGAAAAAUCUCAGAUCGAGCUACGCAGGUUACAGAACGAGAGGGACAAGCUGACCGCGGACAAUGAGAGGAUCAGCUUCGAAUUGGAGCGCGCUCACUCGCAGGUGACCAAGGCUCAGGCCGCGACAGACAAGACGCAGGAAGAGCUGGCACGAAUGCAGCUGGAGAUCGAAAAGAUGUACGAAAAACACGAUCGGCAACAGACCGAGGUGAGGAAGGCGCAGGCGGAGACGGAACGGCUGCGAGUGGAGGCUGAGAGCGCGCGCGAGGAAUGCGAGAGGUACGCGGCCAGGUUCGGCAAGUAUCAGGAAAGCCAAGAACGGCAGAAGGAGGAACACGAGUGGGCGAAGCUGGAGGUGGAGCGGCUCCGCGAUCGGCUGAAGAAGACAUUGGCGGAGCUCGAACGCGCGAGGAAGACCGAGCAGGAACGUGCGGAAGGGGUGCGAGGUAAAUACCAGUACGAGCAAGAGAAGUGGCAGAGCGAGGGUAGUAGGCUACAACAGGAGAUGGAAUUGCUGCGCGAACGUCUGAAGGGCCGUGAAACGGAGCUGAAGAGGACGCAGUCGGGCAACGCCGAGCUCGAGACGAAGCUGCACGAGACGCAGCUUCAGCUCGAGCGGGCGCGCGAAGAGGCCAACAAGGCGGCUGCUGCGCAGGAGCGGAGUCGCGAGGGUGACGACAAGGUGAAGGCGAGAGCGGACGCUCUCGAGGCGGACAACGAAAAGCUCCGCGUCGAGAUAAUACGGCUGGAGAGACUGAUGCAAACCGAGGGUAAGACCAGGUCGGAGAGCGCGAGUAUCGAGGUUGAACGACUGCGCGCCAGCCUCGACAAGGCGAUCAUCGCGCGCGACCAGGUGGAGCUCGAGGCGGGCAGACUGGCCAAGGAGCUCGAGAAGGCGCACAUGCAGACGGCCAAGUAUCAGGAGGCCACGGAAACGAACAAGAAGGAGCUAGAACGGCUAGCCACGGAGAUACAGUUGCUCAGGGACGAACGAGAGGCACUCAGGCAGGAGCUGAGACGGUUGCAACAGCAGCAGCAACAACAACAGCAGCAGCAACAGCUCGCUGGCAGCGAGGAGAUUGCGCACUUGCAGCACGAGCUACAGCUCGCUCAACGGGAACGCGACAAGAUGGCCGCAAUCCUGGAAAACCGAGAGAAGCACUCGGAGAAAAUGAAGGAGAAGCUCGAGGUGGAGGCGAAGCAGCUGCAGGUGGAACGCGAUCAGCUGGUGAUACAAUUGGAGAAGUCGCAGGAGAUGCUGGUCAACUUCCAGCAGGAGUUGAACACGAACGAGGCGGAGCUCGAGCGUCAGCGCGAGGAGGUUCGCCGGUUGCAACAGUUGCAGCAACAGAGGGUACACAUGCAGACGCCGGAUAGAGCGGCGGAGGAAGCCCUCGAGGUACAGAUACGAGAGGUUUACCGGCUGAGCCAGCAGGUGCAGAAUCUGACGAAGACUCAGACGAAGGAAUGGCAGAGGGCCGAGCAGGCCGAGAAACGCGUGCAAGAGCUUCAGAAGCAGAUCGCCUCGAAGGACACGGGCGCGGCUGCCGGUGGCGUGAACGAGGCACAGCUCGAGCAAUGGAAGAAGCUAUGCGAGACGGAGAAACAGCGGGCGGACACGGCCGAGAGGCAGGCUGCUGACCUGCAAAAACGUAUCCAGAACACCGAGAGGCAGCUACACGGUCAACAACAGCAGAUCCAGCAGAUGCAGAUCACGAUGCAACAGCAACAACAGCAGCAGCUACAACAGCAUCCGCAGCAAAACGGCCAGGAGAUCGUCAGGUUGAGAAAGGAACUCGAGCAAGCGCAAGAGAACGUUAAGCAGGCGGGCGUCGAGCGCGAGCGGUUCCAGGGGCAGCUCGAAAAGCUGUGCCAGGAACUGCAGAAAUAUCAGGUGGACCUGCACGAGGCGAACAAGAAACUCCAAGCUGGCGCAGCGAAAGCUGGUAUCGACACUACACAAGAGAGAAGACAACUGGAGGAGCAGAAACGCCAGAUGGAAGAACAGAGAAGGCAGACGGAAGAACGAGCCAAGUCCGUAGAUCAGAAAGCUAGAACGAUAGAGGAGAAGGAGAGGACGCUCCAAAGUCUCGACCAGGAUCUGAAGAAACGGAAAGCGAAGAUGGAUCAGUUGGAACAGCAGUUACAAAGAAGCGGUGGGUCGCCGGACAAGAGACUGGCAGAAAUGCAGAAGACUCUGGAAAACGCCGAGAAGGAAUUGGAGAAAGCGAAAGAAGAGUCGACCAGAAGCUCAGCCGAGACCGAGAGGUUACUACACCUGAUGCAGAUGACUCAAGAAGAGCAGAAUGCCAAGGAGAGACAAAUCAGAGAACUUCAAGACAGCCAGAAACCUCCUCCGGAACCGUUCUUGAAAACGCCGGUGAACGCCACGAGUCCAGGAAAAUCGAGCUGGAGACGAAAGAUCGACGGAUAUCGAAAUUGGAACUGGAACUGAAGCAGACGAAGAGGAUGAAGGACGCGAAGAACCUCAGUCUGGAGGAUAACGAGAGCUGGAAGAAGGAAUUGGAACUAAAGAACCGGAAAAUUGCCGAGCUGGAGGAUCAACUGGUAGCUUGGAAAGAUGGCGCGAAGAACGGUGGCAACGAAUGCGCCCAGAGCACGAAACUGAUGGACGAACUGAAGAAAGAAAAGGAGUCUUGGAAGAAGGAAAUCGGCGUGAAGAACGAACGCAUAUCGCAGCUGGAGAACGAGAUAGGAUCCCUGACGAGUUCGAUGAGGGAGUCGAAGAGAUGCAAGGGCAACGACAGGCAGGACAACGGUGAGAUUUGGAAAUUGGAAAUCGAAAGGAAGAACCAACGAAUCGCCGAGCUGGAGCAAGAGAUCGAGUCCUUGGAGAAUUUCCUCAGGGAUCACGCGGACACUGAGAGCGUGCGAGAUAUGGAGAUCGUGAUCGAGAGGAAAGCCAGACGAAUAGAGGAGCUUGAGGACACGGUAGCCGAGUUCGAGGACUUUUUGAAGCAAAAUCCGGACGUGAAAGAGCUGCACGAUCUUCGUUGUCAAGUGACCGCUGGAAAUCGACGGAUACAGGAGUUGGAGAGAUGGAUACAAAAGAACGGUGAGAGCAAAGAAUCUAGAAUCGACCGGGAAAGAGUUAUCGAACUAGAGGAGAUGGUCACGCAGUUGGAAGACUACGUGAGGAAGCACAACGUGGACGUGCUGAAGAGGAAGUUGCAAGACCGCGAGUGCAGGAUCGAUCAGUUGCAAAGUCGCGUUGGGUAUUUGGAAAAGGAACUGUUGAGAGUCGAAGAAGAAGCCCAUCGAGCUAAAUUCCAUUUCGCAGGAAAGGAAAUGCAAAAAGAUCACGAAGAAAAAGAAACGAAAUCGGACGAUUUACUUCGCGCUCAAACGAUCGCAGGGGAUUCAGAGAUGCACGAAAUGGAACAGAAAAUGAGAAAGAUGGAGGUUGCCAUGUCUGGAAAGGACAACAAGAUCCAGGAGUACGAGCGGCAGAUCGUCGAAAAUAAGGAAGAGAUGACGAAACUUAAGAAGGAGAUAGCUGCUCUAAGGAAGGAACUCAACGAGUACGACGACAUUGGAGUCUUAAAGGAAGAGAUCAGAGUGAGGGACGAGAGGAUUCAACAACUGGAGGACGAAGUAGACUCCCUCGAAAGAGCCUUCAGCGAAAGGAUCGAUCUGGAGCAAAUCGAGGGACUUGUGAAUGUGAUUAAGGAAAAGGAAGAGAAGGAACGACAAUUCUCGCAGGAUUUGAUAGAGAAAAGAAGCAAAAUCGAGGAACUGAGCGAAGCUCUCCGCGAAAGCGUUGUCAUUACGAGCGACAGCGAAAGAAGAUUGAAGAACGAGGAGAAACUGAAGAAGGAAGCUCUUCAAAAGGUAGCUAAGUUGGAACAAAGAAUCGCCUCGAUACAAACAGCUUCGGCGUUAAAGUGCAUCACUUGUCAACCGCUUCUUUCGAAACUGCAGAAGUACGAGAAGAAACUUCAAUGUCUCGCCGAGGAGAGAAACGCGCAACUCGAAGAUCUCCAUCAAAUGAAACGGGAAGCUUUGAAAGCCGCGGUCUCCGAGAAAGACGCGCAUCUGGCUCUGCUGGAACUUUCCGGGAUAAAAACUGCCGCUCAGUCCGAGCAAGCGGAUCGGUUGACAGCAGACAGGAAAAGAUUAUUAGAGACACUGAAGAAAGAGGACGAGAAAAGUAUCGAACUGUCGGUGGAAUCCAGCCCGAUUUGUUCAGAAGGAACACCGCAAUUACUCACGAAGGUGUUGGAAACAUCCGACGACGACGACGACGACAACGACGAAGGAACACCAAACGAUCGUCGCAGUGACUCGAAUUCUCCGAGACCGGCUACGACGAAUGGCGACAGUUGCACCGACUCAAACGAGACAGCGAAGGAAUUGGAACCGAGAAGCAAACGAGACCAGACGAACAAGAGCCAGCAACUGGAUAGCAGAUAAGUAGACCAGGCCACGAUCGUAAUACGUAGAAAACGAAAGUGCUAUCGAUCUUCGAUGUUGUCACGUGCACACACACACGCAACCGUAGAAAUAAUCUAGAGCAUUUCUAGAGCCUUAGAGAAAAAGCAGAGCAAAGAAAGAAAGAAAGAAAG